AAGCAUUACGUUUCAUGUAUCGCCCGAACAAGUACAGUCCCUUUUCAGUCAUCGUGUGCUGUUCGCAUGCAGUGGAAGAAGUUGUAUUAUUUGUGAAGUUAAAGAAUAUAUAGGACAUCCUAGGAUAAAAGCAGUCAGAACUGGCAACUAAAGACAAUAUAUACAGUGAAGUAGUGAGGGUAUUUGAACAGUUUAACCCAAAAGAUGGAUAUCAGACCAAACCAUACAAUUUAUAUCAACAAUAUGAAUGACAAAAUUAAAAAAGAAGAAUUGAAGAGAUCCCUGUAUGCCCUGUUUUCUCAGUUUGGGCACGUAGUAGAUAUUGUGGCUUUAAAGACCAUGAAGAUGCGGGGUCAAGCCUUUGUUAUAUUUAAAGAACUGGGCUCAUCCACAAAUGCUCUCAGACAGUUACAAGGAUUUCCAUUUUAUGGUAAACCAAUGCGAAUCCAGUAUGCAAAAACAGAUUCUGAUAUAAUAUCUAAAAUGCGUGGCACCUUUGCUGACAAAGAGAAGAAAAAAGAAAAGAAAAAGGCCAAAACUGUGGAACAGACAGCAAUUACUGCUAAUAAAAAGCCUGGUCAGGGAGUACCAAAUUCAGCUAAUACCCAAGGAAAUGCAACACCAAAUCCUCAGGUCCCUGAUUACCCUCCAAACUAUAUUUUAUUCCUUAAUAAUCUACCAGAAGAGACUAAUGAGAUGAUGUUAUCCAUGCUGUUUAAUCAGUUCCCUGGUUUCAAGGAAGUACGUUUGGUACCUGGGAGGCAUGACAUUGCAUUUGUUGAAUUUGAAAAUGAUGGGCAGGCUGGAGCUGCCAGGGAUGCUUUACAAGGAUUUAAGAUCACACCAUCCCAUGCCAUGAAGAUUACCUAUGCCAAGAAAUAACAUUUGGGAUAGUUGUCUUUAAAGGACUUGGUGUUAUUUAUAGUGUUUGUUUUGAUAAGACCAUUUGGUCAGACCAUUUUAAUAGUUGGGGGUGGGAGGAAGUAAAAGUGAAAUUUUUGUGUAGGUUUUUAAAAAUUACCUAGUCUUUCUUUAGCCUACUAGUGAAAUAUGAAAUGUGAAGGCCUUAAUUUUGUACAAUAAACUUUUAUUUGUA